AGCUAAGUUUGUGUCCCAUAGUUGUAUCCUUUAUCGGUGAUAUAGCCAGCUCUAUAAGUCAAAGUCAAAGGCCAAAUAAAAAAUCUUCUAUGUCUAUUGAAAAAUCUUGAAUAGAGAAGAUCAAUUACACGUGACAGAUGUUAAAAAACCAAUGUCUGCAUAGUGUCAGCUUGUUUUGAUGUUUGUUUUAAUAUAGUUCGUGCGAACGGAAGCAAUUUUAUAAUUAUUUUAUUAUAAUAAAUUAGCAUACUAGGGUGCUUUAGUGAGGUUAUUAGACGUGGAAUUAACUAAAGCUGUCGUUUUAUAAGUCCUGCAGUAGGGCCGUUGGUGGUAAAUCAUGGAAAUAGCCCAGAAUUUUAUGGGCCCCCUCGCUACCAACACUAUGACCCGGAUUAACGAGAAUGGAAACGUUGUAGGGACUAUUAUUGUCAACUGUGAAGGUUUUCCGGAAACCACAACGUUGGACAGCUUGACAGCAGCAACCUAUUCCACACAUAUGAGAAACUUAUCGCAUCACGCUUCUAAUGCUUUGAAAGAAAUAGAUGUCACAGACGAGCUGGUUGUGCUGCGGCUGGUCAGCAAGAAGUCUGAAGCUGUGGUGGCACCAGACCAUGAAUUUCAUUUAAUUGUGGUUAUGAGGAAAACUUAGUCUAAUGUUUAAAAUUGAUUGACAGAAAAUUAAUUUGAAAAACAAAAAAUUAUAGUGUCAUUUU